AUGGCGUCUGCAGUCGACGGAUCGCCGAUGCACUCGCCUCCCCAAGGCCACGAUGCGAAACGCCCCAAAGGCAUCCUCAAGAACCCCUCGCAUAGCCACACCUCUCCUCCCCCCGCCGCGGCCCCGCCCCAGACGCGGGAGCGGUCCAUGUCCGGCCGGGAAAUCACCCUCGCCAACACGCAAAUCAACGCGGGCCGCCGCUCCUCCUCGUCCGCCGGCCGGCCGCCCGGCUCGCGCCGCCAGUCCGCCGCGAGCAACAGCGCCGACGGGCUGGCCGAGUCGUCUCAGCGCCUCAAGUGGGACGAGGCGAACCUCUACCUGACGGAGCAGGAGCGCACCUCGACCAUGAAGAUUACCGAGCCCAAGACGCCCUAUGCGAAACAUUACGAUCCUGCAGAGGACCCGUCCGACGACGACGAGGAAGGAGCGGCGGCGGCUGCCGCGGGGUCGGCGGGGCCUAGCGAUCUUAACCUGGCGGCUGGUGGUGCUGGCCGCAAAGCUCCACGUGCGCGUGCUGAGGACGACAUUCCGGGCCUUUCUCUGGGCGAACCGGAAGAGGAGAUCCCAGAAAGCCGAGCUCCGGCGGCGGCGGCGCUCGGCGAGGAGGGUAGCCAAGGCGGAGAAGGCUCGGGCGCGCACCACCCGCACCGGCGCAACUCGAGCGAGAAGAGCGUGCAUGUUGAGCCGCGAAGCGUCGCCCCCAGCGCCGAAGAAGAGGUGGUGGGCCUUUCGCCCGAGGAGCGCGAGAAGCACCGGCGCUUCGAGGCCGCCCGCAAGAAGCACUACGAGAUGAAGAACGUGGCGGAACUGCUGGCGCACCCGGAGGCCAUGGACGAGGACGGGGACGACGACGACGAGGGCGCCCCCCCGGUGCCGCCCCUGCCCAACGGGUCUGCGUAG